AUGUCUUUAAACUAUUCCACUCCUUUAGAUGAUGAGGUUUUUCCCUUGUCUUUUGCCAACCAUCAGUUGACAGAGCAUAUGUCAAUAGGUGAGAAUUAUUCACUCGAUCUCCCGGAAGACAUCAAAUACAAUGUUAACGGUCCUUCCGCAGUACCGAGAGACACGGGGGUAGUCGAUUUCAAUACAGCUUCUGUCCAAGACGAGACUCUAUUCUCGUUGGAAAAUAGUCCCGAAAACAAUAAUAAGUAUAAGGCAAUAAGUAAUGUCCAAGACUGCCGCAUGGUCGUGUCGGCUAGAACGGCCCAGUCGUGCGACAAAUUAACCGAUCUUUACGCCAAUGCUGCCCAACAAAAUUAUAGGUUGUGGCUGUCCUCAUUUUAG